UUUCACUCGGGGCAAUUGGCCCCGAUAGAUUGCUCCCAUGCUUGAUGUAACUGUGGAGAGCUACCCCUGAGCCCCGUUGGCAUUAUUAAAACAGCACGAUGGCGCGAUGUGAAUCCCGCAUACAACACUGAGUCCAGGCAUUCUGACUGCGUAUCGACUCCGUCCCGAUGCGAUUCUUCACCCCACCCUCGUCUCUUUCCCUCCUAUUAGGUCUUUCUGCUUUAGCUUCUGCAAGCAACGUCCAGAAGAAAGGCAAUGUGUGUACAGUAAAGGCCAACGGACAUCAGAAGGACGAUGUACCAACCCUUUUGACGGCAUUCAAAGAGUGCGGCAAUGGAGGAACUAUCAUUUUUCCCGAAGACCAGUCAUACUGGAUUGGACAGAGACUCAAUCCCGUUUUGAAUGAUGUCGCAAUCGAAUGGCGAGGAAAGUGGACGUUCUCGGAUGACCUGUCCUACUGGCGUAACAACUCCUACCCCAUUGCCUUCCAGAAUCAUGCGGCCGGCUUCGUCAUUACUGGGCACAACAUCAGUAUCAAUGGGUACGGCACUGGUGGUAUCGACGGCAACGGCAAUGUCUGGUAUACUGCAGAAGCAGGCAACACGAAGCCCGGGAGACCGAUGCCAUUCGUUUUCUGGAACGUUUCCAACGUCGACGUCGAAAGUUUUUACGUCAAGGAUCCCCCGCUGUGGAGUUUGAACAUCAUGAACGGCACCAACAUGCGGUUCAACGACAUCACCUGCAACGCGACGGCGGUGGAUGCGCCGUACGGCAAGAACUGGGUCCAGAACACCGAUGGAUUUGACACGAUGGACGCAACCAACAUCCAACUCACCAACUUCGUCUACCAGGGUGGUGACGACUGCAUUGCCAUCAAACCUCGCUCCUACAACAUCGACAUUCACAAUGUCACCUGCCGCGGUGGCAACGGGAUUGCCAUCGGCAGUCUCGGCCAGUACUUGGAAGAUUCCAGCGUUGCGAACAUCAGGGUGGACAAUGUGAAGAUCAUCCGGUACAAUGAGGACAUGCACAAUAGCGCCUACAUCAAGACCUGGGUCGGAGCCCUCGUGCCCCAGAGCUCCUACGAGAGUGAUUACCUCCCCCGCGGAGAUGGCUGGGGCAGCGUGAAGAACGUCAUCUUCUCAAACUUCGAUGUGCAGGGGGCCAAUGCCGGGCCCUCGAUCAGCGAGAGUAGUGGGAACAAUGGUUCCUACGCGGGAACGAGCAAGAUGUUGAUCGCCAACGUGUCGUUCGUGAACUUCACUGGAUGGGUUGAUACUACUAAGACCACAACGUCGUCGGUAUCGUGCUCAAAGGUCUAUCCUUGCUAUAACAUCGAGUACGACAACGUGGUCCUGUACCCGAAGAACUCCACCGCGGCGGGCAGGGGCUCUUGCUCUUACACGGCUGAUAAGGGCGUUCGUGGUUCGAGUGGCUGUUAGGUUGUAAGGCUAGCUACAGCCUGAAUAACCUUCCUUUCGCCUCACUUGUAUAGAUCCGUGAUGUACAUACCGAACAGCAACUACGAUGGUGAAAAUAUCCUGGCAGGGCUUCCCAGUCGCGGUCGCUUCCGCAUCGAAGGGCUAUCCGUCCGAUGCCUGAUAUCUGUAUGCUUCAGGUAUUCAUUGUGUCUUGAUGUUGUCAAUGUGAAUCAGUAGCCCACAGGAAACCGGCACACCAGCAGGUAUGGCGAGUGACUUGACUUUUUCUCUGUCACUAUCAUGAUUCUAUUCCUGCCACGGUGAUAGCUAAGUAAAAGGAGCACGGAAGGGCGAUUGAGGAACAGUUUGUAGCCAAGCU